AUAUUGGUUGUGUUUGGUAUUACCAUUUAUCAGCCCCUGCAGCCCCGGCCCCCUGCGUUGCUUCUCUUUCUCUUUCCUUUCUUUGUCCAUCGGACUGAUCAUUCCACCCGCCAUUCGCCGCUGCUGAUUAUUGAUACUUGCGCUGCCAACCCUCAAUAACUAUCGAUCAAGGCAAAGCCUUGUCGCAUUCGAGGGUUUGGAUGUCGUCGGAGAUGGACCUCUUCUGGUCCAGGCCGAGAUCCUUCAAGAUGGAUCGUAGAUCCCCGCUGGCCUACAGCAUCAAGGCCACCAUCUCGUCCAAGCUCAGAGACUUCCUCGCCAACUACGAGGACGACGUUCUCCCCGAAUACAUUGUAGUCCUUGUUUGUAAUGGAAAGCAUCAGACUCAGGCAAGGGAUGAUCUUGAGGCUUUUCUUGGUGACCAGAGCGGAGAUUUCGUAGCCUGGCUUUGGAAACAUCUCUCUGAAGAAAUCUGUGUCUCUAUGGUCUCUCAUGGUUCCUUAGACCAUAGAGCUGAUGUGAAUAAUAGCUGCCAUGAUGUUGUAAAUGAGGAGGGCCGGAAGAAUGUUAUCACACUUCCUGAAGUCUUGACACAUCAUGCCAAGUCAAAUGAAAUGAAUUAUGAACCAUCAAACUUAACUCCCAAUUUUGAACACCUGGAUAGAGCUGCUGUUUCAGUUGCCUUUCAUCAUGGGCACACUUGUAUUGGUGCAUCUUCAUCUGAAAGGAAUGAUGAUAAUGCUGCUGAUUUUAUUGCUGAUGAAAUCCCAAAAUAUCGGUCUUAUGUUGCGAGGUGCUCUCCAAAUAUUAAAUCUGUAGCUGAUUUUGAGGAACCACUAGGAUAUGAAAGUCAGUACCAGAAGCUAGGCCACAGAAACCACAGCGAAUCACCCUGUCGAUCUGCCUCCUCACUAGAGAAAGGAAAAGUUACCAGAGAUGACUCUCAGUUUGGGCCUUUAUCUAUAAAAUGUACCACUGGGAAAAGGCUGGCUUCAGUAGCUCUAGAUGCCAUUCCUCGCCAAAUAAGGCAGCCACGUGGGAACGUUUGGGAUAGAUUGGGAAAGCCAUGUGAAGGAGAAGGUGCCACAUUACAUAGAAGUUUGAUAGGAGAAUCUGCCAUGCUUGAAAAUAGUUGUGCCAAGAGAUUCACUGAUAACAGUAAUCAUCACAUUGGUACAUUUAAAGGUGUAGACAAUCCAAAGCUGAAGAGCCAAUUCAGUGAGAUUGUUAACAUGGACAACACUUAUUCCUGUUCUGGUUCCAAGGGAGAUUAUCUACGCAGCAGAAAACCUCUUCCAAAACGUCAGAAGUCACUGUCACUGUCACUGUCUACCAAUAACAGCAGAUUGCAAAGCUUGAACGAGACGAUUAGGAAGGUUCCUGUGACUACUGCAAACAAUCUAGCCUUGGGUAGCAGUUCAGCGCCUUCUGCAUCAACCGUAAAUACGGAUGAUGGCAAUGCUAAAAAUGAAUUCUCUGAUGUGAAAUCAAGACUGCGUCAAAUUGAAAUGGAAAUGCUUGAGCUUCGGUCAAAGAAGUUAUGUGCGAGCAAUGAUAAAAAUUUAAGCACACCAUCAGGUGUUCCAAAUCAAAGUGAGGAGGAUAUUGAAGCAAGAACUGUACUUGUGAUAAAUGUUCAUUUUGCAGCAUCAAGAGAAGACAUUUUAUCGCAUUUUAGCAAGUGUGGUGUUGUUCUUAAAGUCAUCAUACUGACCGAUUCAAUGACCGCUCAACCGACAGGGGCAGCGUAUGUAGUAUUUGCUGGCAAGGAGUCUGUUGAUAAGGCUGUUCUGAUGACCGGCACUUCAUUCUACUCUCGGAUUUUGACGGUGAUGCCAAAAGCUCACAUGCCUUCAGAGUUUUCGUCCCAAACACCUGCCUCUGGACCACUUGGAAAACCUGUGCAGCCUGGGCAUCUCCGGACUCCCAGGAAGUUUUCCUUCCGAAGAAAGUAUGUCACCACUCAUCUUCAAUGGAUUCGUGGCCAACCUGCAAAUGAGAACUGUCUAUCACCACAACUCAGCGGUUGACAACUUCUAAUGCUGGAGAAUGAUCCUAUGAUGUGGCUCUCAAGAAUAAUGAUGAGCUAAAAUCCUACUGAAUCAAGUACAGAGUUCAGAUUUGAGCCAGAGAGGGUUUAUGCGUUAGUUUUGAGUUGGUAAGUCUUGGUGACCAAAUUGACUGAAAUGGGUGAUGUAUUCAUGGCAAAGAGGUGGCAGUAAUGGUUCAGCCUGGUUAUGCUUUAGAAUGACUUUCCCAGUUAUAUUUAGAGAUUGUCACUGUUUGCUUUUGGAUGUUGAAAUCCCUGUACGCAAGUGUUGCACAGUACACUUACUGUGAACAAAUACAAAGCUACAAAAA